GGCGCCUCCGGGUGCCGCUGUUGGCCGACGCGGAGCGGCGCUGGAGCCGCAGCCGCAGCCGGAGCCGGCGCAGCGUCAGGAGGGAGGAGCGCGGCGAGCGCUGGCGAGAAUGGCGGUCGGUGAGAGGCAGCGGGAGAGUGGGAGCCGGCGGCGAGCAGGCGGGCGAGUGCUGGUGCUGCUGCUGGGCGCUUUGCUGCUGGGCUUGUGCUGCCGGGCGGCGGCGGCGGCGGCGUCGGAGCGGAUCCGCUACGCCAUCCCCGAGGAGCUGGGCAGAGGGUCGCUGGUGGGGCCGCUGGCGCGGGACCUGGGGCUGAGCCCGGCGGAGCUGCCGGCGCGCAAGCUGCGGGUGGCGUCAGCCGCUAACAGGCAGCUGAAAUACUUCACGGUGAGCGGGGAGAGCGGGAACCUGUACGUGAGCGAGAGGCUGGACCGGGAGGAGAUGUGCGGCGAGUCGGCGUCCUGCUCCGUCAGCUUCGAGGCGCUGGUGCACAACCCGCUCAACGUUUUCCAUGUCGAGGUGGCCAUCCAGGAUAUCAACGACAACGCGCCGCGUUUCCUGCAAGAUAAUUUCCAGCUAGAGAUCAAUGAGCUCACUGCUCCCAGCGCCAGGUUCCAUUUGGGCAUUGCGGAAGACGCGGACGUGGGCAGCAACUCGCUGCAGGGCUACGAGCUGGAGGCCAACGAGUACUUCGCGGUGGAGAUGAAGGAGAACGAGGACGGCAGCAAGUUCGCGGAGCUGGUGCUGCGCCGGGCGCUGGACCGGGAGAGCGAGCAGAGCCUGCGUCUGGUGCUGACGGCAGUGGACGGCGGCGACCCGCCCCGCAGCGGCACCGCCCAGCUCUGCAUCAACGUCACCGACGCCAACGACAACGCACCCGUGUUCACGCAGGACCGGUACCGCGCGAGCCUGCGGGAGGACGCGCCGCCUGGCUCGACGGUGCUGAACGUCUCCGCCUCUGACGCCGACGCUGGCACCAACGCCCGCAUCACCUACGGCUUCGGGAAAAUGCCGGCCAAGGUGCUUGAGAAGUUCGAGGUGGACUCGGUGAGCGGGACGAUCACGCUGCGGGAGGCGCUGGACUUCGAGGACACACGCGUUUUCAUCCUGGCCGUGGAGGCGCGAGACGGGGGCGGUCUGGUGGCUCACUGCAAGGUGGAGGUGGAGGUGCUGGACGUGAACGACAACGCGCCCGAGAUCACGGUGUUGUCGGUGUCGAGCCCGGUGCCCGAGGACGCGCCCGCCGGCACCGUGGUGGCCCUGCUGAAAGUGCGGGACCGGGACUCCGGGGAGAACGGUCAGGUGUGGUGCGAGCUGUCGGGCGAGGCGCCGCUGUCGAUCGUGGCGUCGUCGGGCGGCUCGUACAAGGUGGUGACGGCGAGCGCGCUGGACCGUGAGCAGGCGUCCGAGCACCGCGUGACGGUGGUGGCCAGGGACCGGGGCAGCCCGCCGCUGUGGAGCCGCGCGUCGCUGGUGCUGGAGGUGUCGGACGUGAACGACAACGCGCCGGUGUUCGAGGAGGCGGCCUACAGCGCGUACGUGGCGGAGAACAACGCGGCGGGCGCGUCGGUGGUGCGCGUGCAGGCGCGGGACGCGGACGCGGGCGCCAACGGCCGCGUGAGCUACUGGCUGGCGGGCGGCAGCGCGGGCGCGGCGGCGUACGUGUCGGUGGAGGCGUCGGAGGCGGCGCUGUUCCGCGUGGGGCUGCACAGCGGCGAGGUGCGGACGGCGCGGGCCGUGUCGGAGAGGGACGCGGCGAAGCAGCGGCUGGUGGCCGUGGUGAAGGACCACGGGCAGCCGGCGCUGUCGGCCACGGCCACGCUGCACGUGGUGCUGGCCGAGAGCUUGCAGGAGGCGCUGCCGGAGCUGAGCGAGCGGGCGGCGGGCGCCGACUCGCCGGCCGAGCUGCAGUUCUACCUGGUGCUGGCGCUGGCGCUCCUCUCCGCCCUCUUCCUGCUCAGCGUGGCGCUGGCCGUGCUGGCGCGGCUGCGCCGGGCCGGGCCGCCCGCCGUCCUGCGCUGCCUGGGCGCGCAGCGCUUCUCCGUGGCCGGCGCCGCCUUCCCGGCCGACUUCUGCGAGGGCACCUUGCCCUACUCCUACAACCUGUGCGUGGCGCCGGGACGCGCCCUCGCCCAGCCCGCUUGGCCCUCGCCGCCGCCUCUGCCCGUCGUGCCCGCGGAGGAUCUGCUGGGCGCGGAGCCCUGCGGGAAGCCGAGCCCGAGCAUCAGCGCCGGCGCGGGAGAGCCGCCCGCCGACCCCGACGCCCCGCAGGGCAUGGUGCGUCUGAAUAUCACGUUUUUCCGUAGCACAGACUGUUAUCGUUUGCUGUUCUUGUACCAGUCAUUCAAGCAUGACUGCUUAAAAUUCCUGAUAGGGAUUGUGCUUUUCGACGAAUGGGAGACAAGUAGGAAUAAUCUACAGAUCACGGUUCUCCACUUAAAGGUGGAUGUCCGUUGUUACUUUGCUGUAUUGGUUUCUACUUCUUGGGUUAAUGCGAGCUUUGAGGACUACUACCGCGUAGUGACGGCGCGGGAGCUGGACCGCGAGGAGGUGUCGGAGUACAACGUGACGGUGCGGGCGGCGGACGGCGGGUCGCCGCCGCUGCGGAGCAGCGCGGUGCUGGCGCUGCGGGUGCUGGACGUGAACGACAACGCGCCGGUGUUCGCGGAGGCGCGGUACAGCGCGCGGGUGCCCGAGAACAACGCGGCGGGCGCGCUGCUGCUGAGGGUGCGGGCGCGGGACGCGGACUGGGGCGCGAACGCGCGCGUGCGGUACCGGCUGUGGGAGGGGCGGGUGCGGGGCGCGCCGCUGUCGUCGUACGUGUCGGUGCAGGCGGAGACGGGCGCGCUGUACGCGCUGCGCUCCUUCGACUACGAGGAGGUGCGCGAGGUGGGGCUGUGGGUGGGGGCGGAGGACGGCGGCGCGCCGGCGCUGAGCAGCAACGUGUCGGUGCGGCUGGAGAUCGUGGACGAGAACGACAACGCGCCGCAGGUGCUGUACCCGCCGCCGGCGCCAGCGGGCUCGGGCUCGGGCUCGGGCUGGGGCUCGGUGUCGGGGUGGUGGUCGGGCGUGGAGCUGUGGCCGCGGUCGGCGGAGCCCGGGUCGCUGGUGGCCAAGGUGGUGGCGGUGGACGCGGACGCGGGUCAGAACGCGUGGCUGUCGUACGAGCUGGCCAAGGCGACGGAGCCGGGUCUGUUCCGCGUGGGGCUGCACAGCGGCGAGGUGCGGACGGCGCGGUUGCCGCUGGCCCGCGACGCGGCGCGGCAGAGCCUGGUGGUGGUGGUGAAGGACCACGGGCGGCCGGCGCUGUCGGCCACGGCCACGCUGAGGGUGGUGCUGGGCGAGAGCGUGGCCGAGCUGCUGUCGGAGCUGGGCAGCGCGGCGGCGGCGGCGCCGGGCGAGCCGGGCGGCAGCCUGACGCGCUGGCUGGUGCUGGCCGUGGCGGCCGUCUCCUGCCUCUUCCUCGCCUUCCUGCUGCUGCUGCUGGCGCUGCGCCUGCGCCGCUGGCGCCGCUCGCAGCUGCCGGCGGCGGGCAGCGGCGCCUUGCGCGGCGUCCCGGCCUCGCACUUCGUGGGCAUCGACGGCGUCCGCGCCUUCCUGCGCUCCUACUCGCACGAGGUCUCGCUCACCGCCGACUCGCGCAAGAGCCAGCUGCGCUUCUCGGGCGGCAGCUGCUGCGACACCCUGCCGGCCCGCCCGCCGCCCGACGAGCCCGCGCCGCCGCUGCUCCCCGAGGACGCUGACGGCGCCCGCCGCGACGACCCCGCCGCUCCCCCGGUGAGUUCCUCCCACCAUCGGAAUUGCUCCGCCACGCUUCCCUCGCGCGAUUCUCUGCCCUUGCCGUCGUGUGUUCGCUGUCCCUCCUCGGGAGGCUUAGUUACAAAAAAAAGGCAAAUCUUGGUUCAUGAGCGCGCUGUGCUGGUGCGUCUUGUUCCGGGGACGUGA